AUGAGUUCAGUUGGUGCUUGGCAGUUUGCGCCCCUCGUCACCGAAUUCCCUACCAAUGUUUUGCCUAACCUAGGGUUCUGGAGUGCGACCAACGGGUCUUGGGAAUAUCAGAUUCAAGUCGCAUGGCCGUUGAACUGGACAUCGCAGGAGGAGAGCUCGACUGUGGAGACGAUGUAUGUCCUCGAUGGCAAUGCACUCGGCAUGACUGCCACGGAAGCUUUCCGUCGCCGCCGUCCAGUUGAGUUCAACAUGCCCGACUGUAUCGUCGUCAGCAUAGGCUACCCGGAAACCAUUGAAGAUUCGCCUUACAGCACCCAGCGAAGCUACGACUUCCAGCCUCCUGUCUGCGACGGCUGCCCAUUGCCAACAGUGCCUGGCGUGCAGUCCAAUGCCAAUGAGUUCAUCGAGUUCAUCGACACUGCUCUCCGCCCCUGGGUCCAGGAAACAGCUUUCCCAAAGGCUGAAUUCGACCGCGAUGCGCUCUACGGUCACUCCUUUGGCGGCCUCUUCGUCCUGUACGCUCUCACAGUACGCCCCGAUCUCUUCGAUACAUUUCUCAGCGCCUCCCCGGCACUCUUCUUCAACAACGAUUACGUCUUCAACAACACGGAUUUUCUCGCACCGCUAACUUCGCCCUCGGCUAACAACACUUCCAAUGCCACCAAGCCUGCUUUCCAGAUAAGCUAUGGGGCGCUCGAACAGAACCUGGUGCAGAGGCGGACGGAAACGGAUGAGGAGUUCGCCUUUAGACAGAGCAUCCUUGUACCGCAGCGGAUGACGGAUCUGAGCCAAAAGCUAUACAGCACGCUGGAGGAUAGUCCGGCGUUGAGGGAUAUCAGCAUACAUGAGUACCCUUUCAGUGAUCAUGCUGCAGUAGGCGCGGCAGCGCUCGCGGAUGGUAUCGACUACUUCCUGGACUGGUGA